AUGUCCCACACCGACGGUGUCUUCAGCCUUGCAGCUUGCACUCGCAGUGUCUACCCCAUUGACAGUGCUUGCAUUUUGCUACUGCAGCACCUCGAUAAUCUCGGCUGGGCCACAUCAUUUUCUGCUUACGAGUUACACAUGACCUAUGACUAUCCAGACCAUGCCGAGAGUUUGCUGCAUGAGGUCAAUUCAGUGUAUGACUGGCUCAUGCUGAAUGCGAGCCCCGACUUUGAUUGGAUCCCAGCCAUGGUUCCUUCCACCCUGAGAUGUUAUUUCGAGGCUGUCGGCACCGCUGACCCGAUUCGUUCAUCUGCUGUGAUGACUGAGAUCAUGCGGGAGAUCAUCGAGGCUGCAGACCAUGUCAAUUUUGACAAGUUCCCUGAAGGUUGCGACCUUGCUUGUGAUCGCUUUCUAAUGGCGUUCACGGCAAAUGACGUUUUCGUGGAUCGGUGUGACCGUACAUUCCUUGGGCAGACCAUCCCGAUUGGCUGCUGGUGGAUAGACUAUGAUAGCUGA